GUGUACUAUAAAACACCCACCCAAUGUCAUUCAUUGAAUCAUUGCUCACUGUAUACCCUUCCUUUCUCUUUCUCUUCAAUUAUUUCAUAAACCCUCUUGGCUUCUCAACAACUGCAACCACUCUUGUCAAUGGAAGGAAACGAUUUGUCCCACGACAUUCCUGCAUGGAGGAGUUCAAGAAAACCCGUCACUUCCCAAAGAUCUACGAAUGAGAUGCUCAAGAACAGCACUGAAGAUGAUGAUAAGGUGAAGGAGCAUAGUGAGAAGAAUAUUGGUAGGGUUGAUGCAGAAGAAACGGGGCGUGAGAAGCUGAAGAGACUCCGGGAAGAGGUGAUGAUGGAGAAGGUUGACAUACCAGAAGAUUGGGGCCAAGAGCAGAAGUUGAAGGAUUGGAUCGACUAUACUGUGUUUAAUGCAUUCCUUGCUCCUCAUAGCUUGAUUGUGUCUGCUCGUGAUUCCCUUGUUGCUAAUGCAUGCAAAGCAAAGUCACCAAGAUUAAGGAUCUGAAGUUCUUCCUCAUGUUUCCUUUUUCACUAUAGCUAUCAGUAUAGUUGUUCUUAAUAUUCCCAUGUUAUGACUGGAAUAAUGUGUUUUUAAGAUUCACAUAUGCUUGGAUCUUUUUCUCAUAUUCUUUCUUGAUCUUGUUAGUUCAACCAUUUAUGUUCAGAUUAGCUAAUGCAUAUGAACUUUUAAACAUGACAA